AUGCCGUAUUAUGGUUAUUAUUGGUCAGAAUAUGUUGAACAAUACCAUAGGGCACAGAGGCUACAGCAAGAGAAGUCCAGACUGUUCAACGAGAAGCGUGAACUGGAGAGGCAACCGGCGGAGAAGACGAGGGCUGCUCAGGUGUCCUCGGCCCAGGUCUUCACACUGGGGCACAAGCUGGCCAAGCAAAGGGAGGACACCCGGAAGGCGGGCCUGCUCUUCAUGAAUGCUGCCGAUAGGUACCAAGAAGAAGCCAAGAAGCAAAUUAGGGCAGAGGUAGAGGAAUUGGCCAACACGAGGAAGGCAGGCCUGAUGCUAAUGAACACCACUGAUACUUACCAAGAAGCGGCAAGGAAGCAAAUUAAGGAGAAGGCGGAGGAGCUGGAGGAGGCGAGGAAGGCGGUUGUGGCACUAUUGAAAGCAGCUGAUGCGUACCAGCAAGAAGCGAAGAAGCAAAUUAGGGACAAGGUGGAGGAGCUUAAGGUCAUGGGGGCGCAGAAGUUGGAGCUGGAUGCGAGAGUAGAAUCUUUGGAGUCGGGGCUCAAGGCAGCUGUGGCGAAGAACCGGGAAUUGGAGGAUGAUUAUGAUAUGGUGAAGGCUGAAAAUGAUAGGCUUCGGUUGGAAGUUGAGAGGUUCAUGAUGGAAUUGGGUGCAUUGGCGGAGGAGAAAGAUGCAGCCGCAAAGGCAUUUGACGGUGGGAGGGAAGAAAUCUUGACGGAAUUAGAGGACUCUAAGAUGAAGGUGGAGAUAACUCAAGACAACAAGAAUUUGAUGAAGGGUGAAAAUGAUAAGCUUCAGUUGGACGCUUUUGAUAGCUGA